AUGCAAAAUUUAAGGAAAGUAUUAAAAUUAAAUAAUGGGAAAAUAAAAAUUGGGAAUAUAGGGAGCUUAUACAGAAAUUACAAUACUAGUAAAGCUGUGUGUGCAAACCCAGAUAUCAAGCAUAUCCAUAAUAUGUACAAAUUAAAUGACAUAUAUUACAACAAUUUGAAAAUAAUAAAUAAUUAUGAUGAAUAUUAUAAUUUAGUUAUAAAAAAUGAAUAUUUUAAGGAUUAUUCAAAAAUGAAGAAUAUGCUUCGGGAUGAUCAAAAAGGGUUUAAUAGCAAUACAAAUAUGUCUGAUGAUAUGUAUGAUAAUAAAUCAGCAGAUAGUCGAAAUAACAGCAUAUUAAAUAAUAUAGAAGAUAUAAAUAAUGAUAAUAGUUCAAAAAAUAUAAUUUCAUCGAACGAUUUACAAGUAUUAUAUUUUGGUAGUUAUGAAAAUAAUGCUAGUAUUAUAUUAUUUGAAAAGUUUAAAGACAUAAUUGAGAAAAAUCGAAAGUUACAAUUUAUUUUUCUUGAUGUUAAUGUGUGUCCACAAGGGUCAUAUAACUGCGAUGUAAGAUAUGUUCCAUGUGUUUGUUUAAUAUAUAAAAACCAUAUAUAUAGAAAAAAAAUAGAAAUAAAUUAUGAAAAACCUAUUGAUGAGAAUUAUUUAAAAGAAUUUUUAAAUGAGGUCCAAAAAAAUAUAGACUUUUUCCAUUCAUAUAAUAAUAAAUAUAUAUAUAGCAUAAAAAAGCAAAGCAACUAUUUAAAUACUAAAUAUAUUGACAUUGAUAAUCAAAAUAUACAUAAAGAAAAUUGGAAUACCUUUUAA